UGGACGCACCCCUUGUGGUCCUGACUUCCUUGCUCAUGUUUUCCCUCCUUCGAGUGCUGGUCCAUGUCAAAGUUUUAAGUGCUGAUCAGCGUGAGGUUUAAUUAAAUGUCUCCCAAACUUCAAACCACUGUUUCAGCUGCUGUUCAUAGCCCAAGGGCAGCUUGUCAAUGCCUUGUUCAUUCCCAGCCUGCUGGGACAUUUCAAAGGCUCACAGAUAUCUCAGAUUUAGAACUGGCAGUGACUUUCCUAGGCUUUUCAGACAUUAUUUACCCUCAGAGGUUCAUUGAAAGGACUCUGGCUUACUUAUCUGUAAGGAAACAGAAUACAAAGAAGACUGGAGAACCCGCCCCCCAGUUUAGAAACAAACUUGCUGCACAGACUGGGAAACUCCCAGUCCCUGAGCUGGAAACAAACACAAAAAUCCUUUUCGUUUACCCUUAAGUUCCACAUGAUUGACAAAUAUUCAACAGGUGCUAAAUUGUUUGGGGGAUGGUAGAUGCUAACAGAUUAUAAUGAUAACAAGUUUACUGCCCGAAAGGAGAGCAAACCAGCUGAUUUCCAGCAUUUGAUUUGUUUAGAAGAACUCAGGCUCACUUUCACUUUCAGUAAUAUUUUCUCUCCCUCCUCCUUCUCUUCUUUCCUCCUCUCUCCAUCCCUCCCUCCCUGCUACCUGUCUCUCCUUCCCUCCCUCCUCCUUUAUUGUUCCUUCUAACUCCACCUUUUUAUUUCUUUUCGUCUCUAUUCUCUCGCAGUAUAGAGAAAUGGCUUUCAAACAAAUUCGGGUCCAACUCUGAAUUGCGCAAUCUCUUCCUGCCUUUGUGCAGCUCAGUGGGGUGGGCAGCUUCACAAACCAAACACUAGUGGACCAAAGACAGAAAAGUAAGAGAGAGUGACUUCAAAACCAUGUCUUCUUCAAUAAAUGCAUCACUUUAGCUUUCUAAACAUCCACAGAAACUCUGGAGUUAAACUGUAUCAUUUGUAAGUCUCUAGUUGAGAACCCCCCUAAAGCCUUUCUGUUAGCACGCCCUUCAUUCCUGUCAAGUGGUUGAAUCGUUUCUUCCUGUUCAGUGUUAUUUUUUUACUUUCACUUUCAUAUUCUAAACACUGCUCUUUUACUGAGCUGAACCAGAAAUUCUCUGCUGAAAACCCCAGAACAUCUUAGGCUAUUGCAGAGGGCGGAGGUGUCACAGCAACUGUGAGAGAGGACAAAGGACUCAACAACCAGACUCACAAGCAAAGCAGUCAGCAUUCAACACCUCACACAGGCUGCUUUCUUAAGCACUAAAGGAUUUUGUUUCCGAGACAAAAGAACACAUGGCCUCAGACAUCCACAUGCUGGAACCCAUGUGUCUCAUUGAGAACACUGAGGAGCAGCUUGUGGUCAACCAGGAGGCUCUGGGUUAUCUGUCUGUCAUCAAGCAGCCAGUGGUGGUGGUGGCCAUCGUGGGCCUCUACCGCACAGGCAAAUCCUACCUGAUGAACAAGCUGGCUGGGAAGAAAUCAGGCUUCUCUCUGGGCUCCACAGUGCAGUCUCACACCAAGGGGAUCUGGAUGUGGUGUGUGCCUCAUCCCCAGAAGCCAGAACAUACUCUAGUUCUGCUUGACACUGAGGGCCUUGAAGAUAUUGAGAAGGGAGACAACCAGAAUGACUGCUGGAUCUUUGCCUUGGCGGUCCUCCUCAGCAGCACCUUCAUCUACAACAGCAUAGGAACCAUCAACCAGCAGGCCAUGGACCAACUGCACUAUGUUACAGAGCUGACUGAUCUUAUCAAGUCAAAGUCGUCACCUGAGCAGAGUGGGGUAGAUGACUCAGCUAGCUUUGUAGGCUUCUUCCCGAUCUUUGUGUGGGCACUGAGAGAUUUCUCCCUGGAGCUGGAAGCUAACGGAAAACCUAUCACUGCUGAUGAAUACCUGGAACACUCACUGACACUGAAAAAAGGAUCUGAUAAGAAAAGUAAAAGCUUUAAUGAGCCUCGGCUAUGCAUCAGGAAGUUCUUUCCAAAGAGGAAGUGCUUUGUCUUCGACAGGCCUGCUCAGAGGAAAUAUCUUUCCAAACUAGAGACAAUUCCAGAGGAAGAUCUGAGUGAAGAAUUUGUAGAACAAGUUAGAGAAUUCACCUCAUACAUCUUCAGCUCUGCCAAUGUCAAGACUCUGUCUGGUGGCAUCGUAGUCAAUGGGCCACGUCUACAGAACCUGGUGCUGACCUAUGUCAAUGCCAUCUGCAGUGGAGAACUACCCUGCAUGGAAAAUGCUGUCCUGACUUUGGCCCAGAUAGAGAACUCAGCUGCAGUGCAAAAGGCCAUUGAGCACUAUGAAGAACAGGUGAACCAUAAGGCCCAGCUGCCCACGGAAACCCUCCAGGAGCUGCUGGACCUGCAGAGACCUAUUGAGAGUGAGGCCAUUGAAAUCUUCAUGAAGAAUUCUUUCAAGGAUGUAGACCAAAAGUUCCAGAAGGAACUAGGGGCCCUGCUGGAUGCCAAGCGAGAGGCCUUUAUUAAGAAGAACAUGGACGUGUCUUCAGCUCGUUGCUCAGAUUUGCUGGAGGCUAUUUUUGGACCUCUGGAAAAAGAAGUAAAACAGGGGACAUUCUCUAAACCGGGAGGUUACUACCUCUUUCUUCAAAAGAAGCAAGAGCUGGAGAAAAAGUAUAACCAGAUUCCUGGAAAGGGGCUGCAGGCAGAAAACAUGUUGAAAAAGUACUUUGACUCCAAGGACGAUGUGGCUGAAACACUUCUAAAGGCGGAUCAGUCACUCACAGAAGCAGCAAAGAAGAUUGAAGUGGAACGAAUAAAGGCUGUAGCUGCCGAAGCUGCCAACAGAGACUUAGAAGAGAGGCAAAAGAAGUAUGAGCUGAUGAUGCAGCAGAAGGAAGAGAGUUACCAGGAGCAUGUGAAGCAGUUGACUAUGAAGAUGCAGCAGGAACGGGAACAGUUAAUAAUAGAACAGGACAAAAUUAUAUCUCUCAAACUUCAGGAACAAGAACAACUUCUCAAGGAAGGAUUCCUGAAUGAGAGCAGGAGACUUCAUCAAGAGAUCGAGGGCCUCAGGAGUUAUGAAUCAUCUCCAGGCUGCACCAUACUCUGAAGGUCUGAGUUUUGAACUGCUCUGCCAAGCAAUCCUUUAUCAAGGAGUACCUUGACUGAGAAUCUGCAGCAUUUGAAACAACUGCUAUUAAACUCAACUCACGUCAACUCAAAAUCACCUGCCACUCCAGGCUAUGAUCACUGUAUGACCUUUGGGCAAUGUCAGAGGAAGUCUCCCUCUGUGAAGAAUGCAUGUAUGAGUAGAGACUUUGCCUUCUGUGUUUUAGAGGUCUCCUUGACCUACACCAUCCCCAGGCCACAUAUGUUUCUCCUUUAUAAUCUUAUCUUUUCUUCUCUCCUACAGUAUAGUGUUUACAAUCACAGAGCAGGCAACUUUUUGCUAACUCUCAAAAUGAAGUCCUUUUCAUUUUUCUGAGGACUCUGAUUUUUUUCCUACAGUCCUUCAAAAACUAAACCCUACCUCCAUUUUGCCUUUUAUUUUCCGCCUGUGACAUCAUGUCCUGAAGUUUCUCAGGAUAAAUGUCUUACACAAGUUAAUAAAAAGUAUUAGCCCACUGUAA